UGACGCAGCUCUGACGGUCCUUCAGUCGGCAUGACAACGCGCUCCUAAGAGCAGCCUGGUAGACGGGCGCGAGGAUGGCAGCAGAAGAUGCCCAGUAACGGAAACAGCGACGGGAACCGAGCGAACGCCAACACCGGGACCUGCUCCGGGACCAGGACCAGCGCGUUCCAUGUCCCGGCCAUGGAGAGAGCCCGGCCGGUGACGGUGACGGUGUCCGCGGUGAGCCUCGCGCUCAGCGUGCUGUCUCUGCUGCUGCUGGUCACCGCCAUCUCCACCGACCACUGGUACGAGACCGACACCCGCAGACACAAAUACAACUGCGACCGCCACGGGUCCGACUCCAACGACCAGAAGAACCGGGAGAUGCCCAUCUACCACCUGCCGCUGGUGGACACCGGCAGCGGCGGGGCCCGGCAGCGGGACGUGGCGCUGAUGAAGCCCGUUCAUGUGGGCAGCAGAGAGGAGGAGCUGCUGGAGAACUGGCGGGCCAUCCUGGGGAUGGGCAUCCUGGAGACGGAGUGCGGCAGGCCGCUGUUCUCCACACACUCCGGCCUGUGGAGGAAGUGCUACUUCAAGAGCCUGGACCCGGACAUCGACAAGCUCAUCGACCGGGGUAUCGCAGAUCGCUGCACAGCUGUCAAGUAUCACUUCUCCCAGCCAAUCAGACUGAGGAACAUCCCUCUGAACCUGACUAGGACCAUCCAACAGGAUGAGUGGCACCUGCUGCACCUGCGACGAAUCACAGCAGGCUUCCUGGGCAUGGCGGCGGCGGUCCUGCUGUGUGGGAGUAUCGUGGCGUCGGUGGGCUUCUUCUGGGAGGAGAGUCUGACACAGCACGUGUCUGGGCUGCUGUUCCUCAUGGCAGGGAUCUUCUGCACCAUCUCUCUGUGUACGUAUGCAGCUAGUGUGACCUAUGACCUCUCCAGAAACCCUCCUUUCAUCUACGGCCUGCCGGCUGAUGUGGAUCAUGGGUACGGCUGGUCUAUCUGCUGUGCCUGGGCCAGUCUGGGUCUGAUCGUGGCUGCCGGCUGCCUUGGUACCACCUUCCCCUUCCUGAGCCGGGCCGGAGCUCUGCGCUCCAAGACUGCCCGCGAGUCCUCUGUCUGAGGAGGCAGCUGUUGAUCAAACCAAGAAAACCAGGAAGGAGGCAGUUCAGUGGACCGGGCUGUACCAGCUUUAUGUCACCCGGGUUCUGGACUGAUGGAGGUGUGUCUAGGUGGAGCAGCAGGAUUUCUACACCUGUUUGUUAAUUGUGUUUAAUGAGUCGCACCUUUAAUCUCCAGCAAAGUGUUUGUAGACAGAAGAGCAACACAGCACCCCCUGCUGACAGACUCACACACGCGCACACACACACACACACACACACACACACACACACACACACACACACACACACACACACACACAUGCCCCCCCCCCCCCCCCCCCCCCACACACACACACACACACACACACACACACACAGCAGUCAAAACCGAGUCAGUCGGAGACCAACAGGAAGUCCAGUUUCAUUUCAUGUGUUUAUUAUUAUUCGGCUCUUACAGAGUUAAUCAGCAGCUUCUGAUCUCUGCUGAUGUCACAGUGAUAUCACAGUGAUACCACAGUGAUGUCACAGUGAUGCAAAUCAGCAUUUGAUAAUAAUGAUAAUAAUACAUUUAUUUUAUAUAUCACUUUUCAAGGUACUUGAGACACUUGACGGGUUAAAAGGCAGAAUAAUAGAACACAACACACAAUUUCAGGUCAGGUGAGUUCUGAGUGUUUUGAACAUUGUGAGUUCAGUACAGUCUCUGAUGUGUUGGGGAGGGAGUUCUGGGGGGCAGCUAUUGAGAAGGUUCUGUCAUCACAGGUUCGGUGCUUAAACUAGUAUUUUGAUCUCAUCUGCAGAAUGUAAACAAACAGUACUUCCUGGAUGAUCAGCCCCACCCCCUCACUCUGAUUGGCUGAUUAAAGUCCAAGCAGCCUGAGGGAAGCGGGUCAGUUCAUAACAAGAAGUGAACACGUCUCUACAUGUUCCACAUAGUCAUGAAUGGGGAGGGUGAGUCCUGUACCGGUAUCAAUGUGGAUCCAGACGUCGACUGCCACCUUGAUCCCCUCACACCGUCUGUUUACCUACAGAUAAGAGGUCCACUUCUGCUCAACCUCAGUCCAGGCCCAGAGUCCAAAGCUUUUAAAACCAGAAUUAGUCAUGAGAUCAUGCUGUCUACCAGAAAAAUAAAAGAACGUCAUGGAUGAUAAUUAUGAGAGAGAGCCACAGCUGGUCCUAGUCCUUGUCUAGAACCACACAGAAUAUCAGAGAACACAGUGAGGUAACAGAGGACAGGGUGUUCAGCCCAAACACUGAACCCAAUGAUCCAAACACACACUGUCCGUUGGAAGCUGCAAGUCCAUUUAUUUAAGAUGAUUUAUCAUCAGAUUGAUGUUAAAUCAUCCUGACGAGGUUUCUUCCAAAGGAGCAGCGAGACAGUCAGCCUUCUUUGCAUGUGUUGACCAUACCAUCAAUAAACUAAUUGGCCUCAACAGCAGUAUUGAAUACUUACAGCAAAUAGUAUAUUUAAUUAAAAUACAAUAUUAGUAAGGUGUCAAUUUUAAAUCUAAGCCUGACAUUCAGGUGAGCGUGUAUGUUCAUGUCCAGCAGCAUGUAAUACGAGCACUUUAUCAUUUAACUCUAAAAACAGAGCAUUCAACAUGUUUUUUUACACAUCUCAAACAUCACACUUUAAGACAUUUAUCAGACACUAUUGUGACUUACAGUAAUUCACACACUGGUUGCCAUGUAAAGUGCCAACCAGCUCAUCAGGGGCAGUUUGGGGUUCAGUAUCUUGCCCAAGGACAUUUUGACACGCAGACCAGUAGAAUUGAACCAGCGACCUUCCAAUAACAAGACACUGGCUCUACCCCUGAGCCACAGCCACCCCAUACUUCACACUCAUUACAUGUUACACACAUCACAUACGUUACGGUGCGUCAUAUAUGCAACAGAUAAAAACACAGUUUUUGUGUGUCAGCUCUGUGUUCUCUAGACUCUGAAGUUGUGCUGCGACAGAUGAAGGAUCAACAGGGUUGAAGUUCACGCUGCACCGCCAUGUUGAAGUCGUAUGUCCUGACUAUAGAUGUACUGCAGCAGCAGUACGAUAUUGUUUGGAAGCUUCAGUAUGAAGUAAAAGAAACGUAGUAUGAGAUUCAGAACUCACCAAUAUUUUUAAUUGUUUUUAUGUUUUUUAAACUGAGCUGUUUGCAGGAUGCAUGGUGACGAGGUCAUGGCUCUACUUGUGUCUGUCAAUUAAUAACUAAUAUGAUGAUGGUGAAACCAAGUAAACGUUGUUUUGGUGUCGUACUACCAGACUACAGAGCAGCUUCUGUCUUCAGUUCAACCUCGGCGCUCCAACAGAACUGUUUUCAUUUUAUGAAUCUGAACCGGUCAUGGGGGUUAAUUAUAUAGAAGUAGAAGAGCUCCUUUAUGAUGGUCUCUUAUUUUAUCUUUGUGGAUGAUGUCAAAGUUUGUGAUCGGUUCAACUACACACACACACACACAGACACACACACACACGUAUAUAAAAGUAUAGUGUUUUCUACCUGAUGUAUAUGAAUGAAAUGAAGAGUUGUUUGUUUAAAUGUAUUCAGCCAUCGGCCUGCGAGCUGAGCCACAGACUGACUCUGGCCUGGAGUUCAUUAAACCAAACCUAACCCUAACCCUGAAUAAGGAACAUCAUGUAUGUGGAGAACAUGUGGAACAUUUACAACAGAACAUCUGGACCAGAUAAACCAGAGUCCCUUUACUCAUCAGACAUAGUAAAAGUCAACAAUCAAUAGACCUGAUCCAGCUGUCAGCUGGUCUGAGAUCAAGUCCUCUCAUGCACAGGAUGUCCAGGUAUGAACAGGUAAUCCAGGUGUAUCGACCGAUGUGUCAUGUGACUGACUGCUGCUGCUCGGUGCUUUAGUAUUUAUUGAACUGAACUUGAAUAUAUUGAGUAAACGUUCUGAGAAACUUGUUGAGUCGUCCUCAGCUCCUGGUUCAGAUACUGCAGCAGGCUGGAUGACAAGCGUACACCCUCUGUCAGUGCAGGCUGAGGGAGGACCGAAUGUUUCUGAUCAGACGACCUCUCAUUGCCUAUGAAACUCUCUGAUACCCCAUCAUACCCCUCUGAUCCCAUAAUACCCUCUUGAACCCUGUUGAAUUCUUGGAUGCCUACCAAAAUCUUCUAGUACCCCUUCUGUACCAUUUCGUACCCCAUCAUGCCCAUCCUGUACUCUCUCUUGGAUCAGCCUUCAUACUCUGGUAAUUUUCAAUGACAUGUCCUCUAACCCCGACCAUUCCCCUCCUCUACCCUCUCAUACCUAUUUGAUUACACUCUGAUAUCCCUUAAUGCCCCCCCCAGCAGCACACAGAGACCCAACACCAGUCAACCACCUCUAGCAUAAGACAAAAUAGACACAUUGUUGUCUCCAACACACACGUUACUGUAAACAAGAGAGAAAACCAGCAACAAAAAGUGACCAGACAAACUGGAACAUCUGUAAAGAGUCCACUGACUUGUGGAGCAACUCCACCAGAACACAAAACUACUGAACUGUAGUUAAAUACACAACAGUAACAGUAACACACAUGACCAUAGCAGAAGUGGACUGCAACAACCACACAAAGGCAGCACUCUGUAGUCACCAGUACACACAAGUGUUUCCAGCUUACACCUGAGCUGCAACCACAGGUGAGCCACCAACAGUGCAGUUACUGCACACAGUUUUCUUCCAGUGACACAUCAAAGUGACCAGAACAGCAACGAAAACAAGUUGCUUUCUGUUGCAAGUGUAAAACUCGGGGAAACUAAGUAUUUCAAAUUUCAUUCAAAAACACAUUGAACACAGAUAAAGAUGCGUCAGUGGAGAGAGGAGAGCAGGAAGUGGGAGGAGCUGGCCUCCCAGUCCUAUCCUCUGGUUCUCUGAUAACCUUCUUUGAGUCUGAUCUGACUCCCAUACUCCUAACAAAUCCUGUUAAAACCAUCAGAUAUAUAUUUCUUUGCCUUGUAAACUCAGAUCCCUGUUGGCCUCCUGUGCCCUGUUCAACCCUGUGCUGCCCCCUGCUGGACACUCAAUGUUAACAGCCUUCUGAUGUUCAGCUGUAAAUAAACUAUAAACAUGUCAAAGUGA